AUGACCCCUGUCCUCACCCCCUCCAUCAACCACAUGACCCCUGUCCUCACCCCCUCCAUCAACCACAUGACCCCUGUCCUCACCCCCUCCAUCAACCACAUGACCCCUGUCCUCACCCCCUCCAUCAACCACAUGACCCCUGUCCUCACCCCCUCCAUCAACCACAUGACCCCUGUCCUCACCCCCUCCAUCAACCACAUGACCCCUGUCCUCACCCCCUCCAUCAACACAUGA